UGGGGGCGGGGUGGGGUCCGUGCAGGUUCCCAUGGCGGCGGAGCACGGUUCGGACUCCGUUGAGCCUCCUGGCUCGGAGGCGCUCCUGGACGCCGUGCUGCGGACCCUCUACGACCUGGGAGAGACAGAAGGUGAAACAGAGCAGAAAAGGAUCAGAAAGAAGAAAGCAAAGAAGAGAGGCUCGGAGACGAUAGAAGAUGUGGCCGCAGAACCGCUUCCUCUGCCUGGCUCCCCUGUACAAAGUCAGAAGGAGAGUGCUUCCAGCUUUUUCCAGAAGCUCAGAGAAGAACUGCAUUCUGCUCCCGCCGCCCCUUCAGAAGUUCCUGCAGUCUCCCUCUCUCCCCCAAAGAACGGCAGCAAGCUAGUGGAAGUGAUAGAGUUUCAAAGCAAAAGUAAAAAGAGAAAACUAAAGUCAGAUGAAGAUGAGCCGGCAAAGAAUAAAACAAAGGUCCUUGAAAAAGAUGUGGAUAUUCAGGAAUUUAACCUAGAAAAGGCUCGUCUGGAAGUUCACCGCUUUGGGAUCACGGGCUAUGGCAAAGGAAAAGAAAGAGUCCUGGAGCGGGAGCGGGCUAUCAUGCUGGGAGCUAAGCCUCCCAAGAAUACUUACGUGAACUACAAGGUUUUGCAGAAACAAAUCAAAGAGAAGAAGAUCGCAGUGGAAGAAGAAAAGAGAGCGGCCCGGGAGACAGACAUCUUCAAGAAAAAGAAGAGGAAAGGGAGAGGGCAGGAGGACAGGAGAUCUAAGAAGUCAGCUCCCAGCAUUUUGUCAAGUGGACAGGUUGGACAAGUUGGAAAAUUCAGAAAUGGAACAUUGAUUCUAAGCCCCACUGACAUCAAGAAAAUCAACUCUUCCAGGGUAGCUAAAUGACGUCCCUGUCAGCUCCAGAGAGGAACAGGAACAGUGGCGGUGCACGUGACACAGAACCUGCCAGAACCCUGUGCCUGCCCUUUCUUGUUCCACAGGGUCUUUGUCAUUUGAGCAGUGAGUCUGCGGGCAGGCGGUGGCCCUGCUGAGCACUGGGCUGUGCCCGGGCUCCCCUCCUUUACUGGUUGCUGGUGUGGGCACACUGGUCCCAGUCCACUUUCUCAGAGUGUCCCUGUCUCUUAAAUGUCUGUGAAUGAUGCUGACAUGCCUUUUGGACGCGUGAAGACACUGAGCGCACUUGUUAUCCAUUGGUCCUGUGGGAAAGCGGUUCUGUUGUCAGCCUGCCACGAGUGUAAAUCCACUUUGUAAGGAUUUCCAAAAAUACACCUGUGUAGUAUGAGUGUCUGGCUGUUAAGUAGCACACAGGAAGUUCUAACUGGCUCCCCACACCUACUUGGAGCUUUGACCUCACAAAGCCGUUUUACAGUGAUGUUACGCCUGCCUCGAUGUCGGCAUCUCCUCAGAGACUGAGGCGCCUUGAAGGAAAGUGUCCAGUGACAGGCAGUGCUGGCAUUUCCCACCCUGGGAGUUCCUUGCCCGCCAAGCAGUGCAGACAGGCCUGAGAACCUUCAGGCUGUGGCCAGCUGUUAGGAUGUUGUUAAGGAUUCUCUGAGAGCGCUGCCAACACCUCACAAGAUGGAAUCCAAUGUGCUAGAUAAUUUUUACAUGAUUUAUUUAGGCUUAUGUAUUUGUAAGUAAGGGCACGCGUGCCACAGUGUUUGUGUGAAGUCACAGGGUCUGGCUCUCCCAGCAUGUGGGUUCCAGGAAUUGGACCUUGAAGGUCUUAACAGACCAGCACUGGGGAGAGAAAUCUCGGCCUGAGAGGAGCUAUGGAAGGUCACUGCAUCCGCUGAUUCCAUCUUCUCCAGGGGAGCCUGCAGCUGAGGAGUGCCACCACCGUGAACCAUCAGGCCUUAGACAGCUGAGAACUGCCAUCUUGGACCAGAGUCCCAGUCCCAGGCUUUGGUUUCUGCCUUUUAAUGUAUUGUGUAAAUAUUUAUGCUCAACCCUUAAGAAAGGCAGAGAAGGCCGGGCAUGGUGGCGCACGCCUUUAAUCCCAGCACUCAGGAGGCAGAGGCAGGUGGAU